AUAUGCUGGUCACGUGACGAGAUACGACAGGGGCAGCCAUUUUGGCAGUCAUCGCGGCAGUAAAUUGACAGGCACUGGCAGACUGUCAAGGAUGGUGGAUAACUGCUGUGCACCAGGUUGCACAAAUAGGCGUGGGAAAAAGAAAGGUGUAUCGUAUUAUCGCAUUCCUAAAGACGCGGAGAGGAGGGAGAAGUGGAUUGGAGCGAUUAAAAGAGCCAGGAGCCUUCAGAAAAAGACUGAAAGAUGGGACCCCCCGGCCGUUGGCUUUCGCUUAUGCAGUGAUCACUUCAUAUCAGGGAGAAAGAGUGAUAAUCCGUUGAGUCCGGAUUUUAUCCCCUCAAUUUUCGAUUACCUUCCAUCUCCAGAGAAGAGGAGACAUAAAACGAGACUGGAGGUUUUUAACAGAAGGCAGAAGGCUAAACUGCACAAAGUAGAGCAGGCAAAGAUAUCUGCAGAAGCCAUCCGUCAAAGGACAUCAACUGAUGCAGCCCCAGAAGACCAUAUCACAGAGCCUUUGAAGGAGCCCCCCAUCACAGAUCCGUUGGAAGACUCAGCCGAUGAUCCUGUCCAGCCUGAACCAGUAACACCACCAUGCACCUCUGAAACCUGCUGUACCCGCAUCCAGAGUCUUGAGCAAGAAUGCCAAGCUCUAAGGGCUGAAAAUGUGUUGUUAAGGGAAAAGAUUAAUAGGAAGACCCUGACAGAGAUUAGUUUAAAUAACAAUGAUAAAAAGGUGAAUGUCCUCACUGGGCUGGCAACCUAUGCAUGUCUCAUGACCAUUUUUCAAUAUCUGGCUCCAUUUCUCAAAGUUAAAUCAUCAAUAACAUGUUUUCAACAAUACAUGUUGACUUUGAUGAAGCUUCGAAUGAACUUAACAUUUGACUUUUUGGGUUUUUAUUUUGGCAUCGACCCAACUACUGUCUCCAGGCACUUCAAAAACUGUGUUAAUUUGAUGUAUUGUAGACUGGUGCCAAGCCUAGUGGUGUGGCCUGAAAGAGAAUCUUUAAGAACAUCUCUUCCAUAUGUAUUUAGAAAUGGUGACUACGAGAAGACUGUUUGUAUCAUUGAUUGCUUUGAAAUAUUUCUAGAGAACUGACAGGACUGCAGGUCUGCAGGACUUCCCAUCUUGAGUCCGGCACUGUGAGAGAUUUUGGUAGAACUGUGUUUGCUCAGCAGCAGUCAGGGGUGGGAAAGAUGGGGGCGCAGAGGUACCCUUGGUGGAAUUCCCCUUUUUAUUUUGUUGAGUAUGGUUGAAUAUGAUGUCCUUGCCCUGCAGGUACUCCACAUUCUUCGCAGCAUCCUCACUGGGAGAGGCCCACUUGCAUUUUUUGGAUGUGCAGCUGAUCUCCUCGUGCCUUGCGUUGUUUUUUCCCCACAGACUGAAGAGAACAGCUGACACAUGAGAGCAGCUCUCCCCGAGUCCCGCUGUGCAGUUGCAGUGGGCUCCCAGCACAACACCGUCGUUCCUCACCACCACCCAUGGCUUUAGUUGACUUUCAUUAAGCCUUUGGGAGUGAUUAACCUAUAUGAAAUUCCAAAACAGAUAAAUAAAGGUAAAAAACGCCAGCCACUUUGGUUGAGUACGAUCAAAAAUACAAACUAGCAAGUUACAGAUGCACUGCAGUAGCUAUCCAAGCUAAAAAACAUGCUAACGUGACACUUCCGUAGCUAGCCAAGCUAAUAAACAAACAAUGCUAACGUGACACUGCCUAUCAAACUGGAAUAAUUUAAUACUUACCCUUGCAGUGAUGAUGCCGAAGUUUUUGGAUGUAAGACUCCACAGUUGAAUGUUGUUUACGAAGCCGGACUGACACCAUUUGUAAGCCUCCAAGCUUUUGUACGCUCUGAGGGAGUCUCCUGAGUACACUGAUGGAAAGCUUACAAGAUAGCUGUGGAUGUCUGCGUAGCGCAAGUCGGGUACAUCGUCUUCAGAGCAGGAGGUUAUGCUCUUGAAAAGCACACCGGGUGAAUUAUAUGGGUCGCUUAUAUUUAAUCUCUCUAAUUUUGUACUAUAAAGCCGAAUUUCACUUGAAUUAAAAUGAGAAGUAUACUCGCUCGGUAAGAAAACACUGGCACCGGUGGUCAUGUUGACUGCCAAAAUGGUGGCUCCCAACCAAAAGUCACGUGACCGCAG